UAAACCAAAGCAUUCCAGACUACUUGUUGAAGACAACUGACGAGGCAGUUGGAGAUAAGAGAUACCGAAUUGCAGCACUUCAACAAAUAUGGAGAACCAACUCCCAGAGCAUGUUGUUGGAAUCCCAAUAAGCUACCAAUAUGAUAGGCCAUCUCCUUCAAAAGGCUCUGGGGCAAUCAUCCCAAAAAAAAUGGAUUCAACCAAUUAUAGGAUGAACAAAAAUAGGAAGAAGGCAGACAAUUUUGUGGAUGGAGUCCGAGAACAUUUGAAAUUAGGGCCUAAGUUCUCUGAAAUCUUGAAGGAAAAGUUGAGCUUGGGGGCUAAGAUUCUUCAACUUGGGGGAGUGAAAAGAGUUCGCAGGCAAAUUUUCAGUGUUAAAGAAGGAGAUAAGCUAUUGAAGGCUUCCCAAUGUUAUUUAUCAACAACAGCAGGCCCUAUAGUUGACCUCCUCUUUAUCUCUACUCAAAGGGUUGCCUUUGUUAAUGUUACCAUAUACAACUUAGAAUCAUAUUGGUUGUACAUAUAUGAAUGUUAAUGUUACCAUAUACAAUUUAGGAAUCAUAUUGGCUGUACAUAUAGGAAAAGAUUGACAAAUUGUCUUACCAAGUAUUUGUUAAUGUUACCAUAUACAAUUUAGGAAUCAAUUA